AUGGAGAGAAGAUAAUGCAAAGUUAACCAGAACUAGAAUGACAACUUCAAGGUUUCAAAUAUAUAUCUUGGCCUUUUAUGCAAGCCUUCUUGUUCUAAAAUGUAGCUGCCUUGGCAAUUCUGUGCAUCAGAGAAAACAUGCAGCCUUGUUCAUCUUUGGUGAUGCACUAUUUGACAAUGGAAACAAUAACUACUUGAACACUACUACUAAAUAUCAGUCAAAUUUCUGGCCCUAUGGGGAAACCUUCUUCAACCACUCAACUGGUAGAUUUUCAGAUGGGCGUCUAAUCUCUGAUUUCAUCGCUGAGUAUGCUAAGUUGCCACUUAUACCACCAUAUUUACAACCUGGGUCCAAAGACUAUACUUACGGGAUCAACUUUGCAUCUUCGGCUGCUGGUGCUCUAGCCGAGACUCAUCCAGGAUUUGUGAUAGACCUUACAACUCAACUAAGUUAUUUCAAGAAGGUGGAGAAGCACUUGAGGCACAAGCUAGGUGAUGAUAAUGCUCACACAUUGCUGUCCGAAGCGGUUUACUUAAUUAGCAUCGGAGGCAAUGAUUAUUUUGCACCCUUUGUAAAAAACUCCAGUUUUUAUGAGACUCAAUCACCAGAAAAAUUUGUUGGCAUGGUGAUUGGCAACCUAACGAAUGUGAUCAAAGGAAUAUAUAAGAAAGGAGGAAGGAAAUUUGGGUUUGCAAAUGGAAUCCCUCUUGGUUGUGUACCAAUGAUGAGGGCAACAAAGCCGGGAAACCCAGGCACCUGUGUGGAUGAAAUUACUGCAGUAUUGAAACUGCACAAUAAAGUACUUGCUAAAGUCCUCCUCAAGCUUAAACGACAGCUUCAUGGAUUUAAAUAUUCAAAUCCAAAUGUCUACUCUUACCUAGAUGGAAUCAUUAAGAAUCCAUCACAACAUGGCUUCAAGGAAGGAAAGGUGUCAUGUUGUGGCUCUGGUCCAUACAGAGGAACUAUGAGCUGUGGAGGAAAGAGAGGUGUGACCGAGUAUCAAUUAUGUGACAAUGUUAACGAUUAUGUCUUUUUCGACUCUGCCCAUCCAACCGACAGGGCUAACGAGCAGGUUUCCAAGUAUUGGUGGAGCCAUACUACUCCUAAUGUGAAAGUGCCUCACGUUUAUCUGAAAGAGCUAUUCGAAGUUUAGCCAACCCUGGAUUGAUUUCGGUCACACGGUGCCAAGCAAUAAGCAUUUUGCAGAUGGUUUUUAUGUUUGUAAUAUAAGUUUGGAUGUAUUACCGUUUUGCUCGAGUAUUCACUACUCAAUAAUAGAUAUUGUGUUUG